CAUCUGUAAAGUGUGGUGGCAAGACAGUCCUCCCUCCGACACCACCACCGGGGAUUGAGUCCAGGAUACCCGAAUGUGGCCUCUGCAGUCCUCCGGUCUACUUUAAUUCAUGUUUAGAUGAUGAUCCCGAACGUUACGUGGCGUGUCCAAUGUGUGGCUGCCUGUGACCCAGGAUAGCUAUGAAUACAGCCCAGCACAUUUGUAGAUGACAUAUCACAAUGUCAAAAGACUUACCUUGACAACAUUUUGACAAACUAAGGAGGAGGAAUGGCUGUGGAUCUGCUGCAUGCUCGGGACAGCGUGCCCGUGUCUUUCGGGGACGUGGCCGUGCUCUUCAGCCGGGAUGAGUGGUUGCACCUGGACUUGGCCCAGAGAAGCCUGUACCGGGAGGUGAUGCUGGAGAACUACAGCCACCUGCUGUCGCUGGGGAUUCCAGUUUCAGUGCCUAAGCUGAUUUGCCAAUUGCAACAAGGAGAUGACCCCUGUGUAGUGGGAAGAGAAGACACCCCAGACACCUGUGUAGAUUUCCAGAGUAUUCCUGAGUUAGAAGCUUUGUCAUUAGAAGAGGACAUGUUUAUUGCAGAGCCAUCCCAUGAGGUCAUAAGGAAGGAAUCUGCUAAGUAUGGCCACUGUAACCUCAGUGUUGGAGAAGCUGUGAAAUCUGCAAGGCACAGCGCACCGGAGCCAGGGAAGAAAGCUCUCGAACAGAGAGCAGCCUCGCCACAGGAUGCCAUCAGUGUAGAGGAGGACCUCACAGGGCCUGAACUGGACAGAGCUUUGUCUACAAACACAGGCAUUGUCUCCCAACACAGUGUCCCUGCAGAAAAGAGGCCCAGUGUGCAUUGCACUGUUGAGAAAGAUUUUCCACGGAGUUCGGAUCUAGUGAGACGCUUCCAGACUUACCCAGGCCAAAAGCCUCAUGUCUGUGAUGAGUGUGGAAAAGGCUUCACUCAGAGCCUUCACCUUCUUGAACAUCGGAGGCUUCACACUGGGGAGAAACCUUACAAGUGCAACGAGUGUGAGAGAAGGUUCAGCCACAGAUCUUCCCUCCUUGCCCAUCAGAGAGUCCACACUGGGGAGAAACCCUACAAGUGCAGUGAGUGUGAGAAGGCAUUCAGCAACAGCUCAACCCUCAUCAAACACCUGAGGGUGCACACCGGAGAGAAGCCCUACCGCUGCAGGGAGUGUGGGAAAGCCUUUAGCCAGUGUUCAACACUCACCGUGCACCAGAGGAUCCACACUGGUGAAAAGCUAUAUAAAUGUGCUGAGUGUGACAAGGCCUUCAACUGCAGAGCAAAACUCCAGAGACAUCAGAGGAUCCACACCGGGGAGAAGCCCUACAGAUGCAGUGAGUGCGGGAAGGGGUACAGCCAGUUCCCGUCGCUAGCUGAGCAUCAGAAGCUGCACAGUGGCGAGCAGCUGUGCCAGUGCUUGGAGUGCGGGAGAACGUUCACGCGCAUCUCCACUCUCAUUGAACAUCACCGGAUCCAUACUGGACAGAAACCCCAUCAGUGCCGCGAGUGUGGAAAGACCUUCAACCAGUACUCGUCCUUCAACGAACAUCGGAAAAUUCACACGGGGGAGAAACUGUACACAUGUGAAGAAUGCGGGAAAGCCUUUGGUUGUAAAUCCAAUCUGUACAGGCACCAGAGGAUCCACACUGGAGAGAAACCCUACCAGUGUAAUCAGUGUGGGAAGUCUUUCAGCCAGUACUCGUUCCUAACUGAGCAUGAGCGAAUCCACACUGGAGAGAAACUCUACAAGUGUUUGGAGUGUGGGAAAGCCUAUAGUUACAGGUCAAACCUUUGCCGACAUAAGAAAGUUCACCUUAAAGAAAGGCUCUGUAAGUGGAAGGAAUACGGGACACCUUUUAUUUGUGGUUCAUCCCUUAUUCCAUAUCAGAGAUUUCUGAAAGCAGAGAAACCUGUAGACUAACUCAUCUCUCUAAUAUUCUAAGACUUCUCAUUAGGCAGGAACCAGAAGAAUUAUCAGGAGAGUAGUAACUAAGGCACAAACUCAGAACAGAUUUUUUUUUUUUUUUACUUGUAUAGGAAAUAGGUAAUUAUUAUUAAGUCAUGGGCAAUUGAUCAAUGAAAAUAUGAGUAACACUGACUUGUUAAAUUCCAAGAUUCCUUAAAUUCACAGCAAAAGUGAAAGUUCUCACUUUAAAAACAUGAAUAAUGACUGAAUAUAAAGUUUCACUAGAUUUUAAUUCUGAGAGUAAGCUUCAAUAUGUGAAUUUCUUUUAAAGAUAGUUUCUGAGUUAGUUAAUAAUAUGAAUAAUUGUGAAGCCCCAUUUCUGACACAGAAUGUGCUUUUUUUCAUAGGUGCUAAGAUAUUUUAAUUCUUCACAUGGAAAUAAUAAAGCUGUUUAUGAGCUGCCCCAUAUGAAAUAAUUUUAUAUACAUAUAUACACACACAUAUAAAGCUUUUAUGCAUCUGUGGUCAUGUGCCAUUUACUAGUGGGGAUGUACUUUGAAAAACAUGCCACUAGGCAGUUUCCUCAUUGCACAAACAUCAGAGGGCACUUGUAUAACCUUAGGUGGUCCAAGACAGUCAGUGUGACCUCUUGAUGAGAUUUACAUGCUUACUGCUUAGUAGCUAUUUUUUGCUGUUAUUUUUUGGAGGCAGGGUCUUGCUAUAUAGCCUCAUAUGGCCUUGGUCUUGCUAUGUAGCCCAAGAGAGGAUUAAGCUCAUAAUCUUUCUGCUUCAGCCUCCUAAGAACUGGUAUUAUAGGCACGAACUACCAGGCCCAUUGUAAUUUUUUUUUUAUUAGUAGAAGGCAUAUACACUAAAAUAGCAUUAAAAAGUAUAGAAUAGUAACUACAUAAGACUAACAUAGUUUGUCACAUUUCAUGUACUGUACGUGUGCCACGCUCUCAUGUAGCUGGCAGCACAGUAGGUUUGCACCAGUGUGGCACUUAUGGGCAGUCUGUUGUGCUCAGAUGUAAGGAUGGCCACAAAGUCAUGUUAGUCUUUAUCUAUUUAUUAUUAUUAUUAUUUUAUUAACAACUUCCAUGAUUGUAAGCAAUAUCCCAUGGUAAUGCCCUCCCUCCCUCAACUUUCCCCCUUGAAACUCCACUCUCCAUCAUAUCCCC